UUCGAACUUGUGUAAAAAGAACUGUAUUUAAUGAAUUUCUAUGUAAUUCAUGAGAACUUUUAGUCUUCUACUAUAGCAACUUAUCGAUAUAAUUUAUUGAACAAACUAUUUGAUGCCAUCCAAGUUUGGUUACGUCGGCAACAGAUAACACCGCAUUAUGUAAAUCGUCACACGUACAAUUAGUAAUUAUUACACAAAAAUAGUGAGAUAUUUUAUCUUCCCCCGGAAAAUAUUUUUCAAAAGAUCAUGGCAAAUGAAAUGUUACUAUAAAUCAUAAACAGAAGGAGUAACGUCACAAAACAUGUUUGGUCCAACUUAUUUGGUAACUGGGUCCUACUCACUGCCUUCUCUCAGCAUUACUGUUGUUUAUGAAAUUGAAAGGACGAAAAGAGAAUGUCUGGUGCUUCGACCGGGUUGGUGUACACAGAGAAUCCACCUGGGGGAGUUGGAAAUCCCUGAUUUCAAACCAAUGGUGCACAUGGGCUCCAGGAUCCUGAGGGGACAAAUGGUGUAUGAACCUAUUGUUGAUCACCGUCUACCAUGCGACUGCAUGUUCUGACGUUGUUUCACUGCCUUGUGAAUCAGACCCUUAGGUCCAAGGCUCCGGGUAUAGCUCUCUAAGAAAAUCACGUGCUUCUGUCUGGGCACCCUGACAAUAUCCCAGACCUCACAUAUGAUUUAUGUGGUGCAUAUAUAUUUGUCGCCUCGUUGUACCAGUGUUUAUGUGUUUAAAUAGAAUAACAAAAUAAAAAUAAGUAUCAUAAUAACACUUGUGAGUUUGAAAUAAGCUAACAAAAUACUGAUAAUCCCAACAAGUCCAGAACUUCGACAGGACACAAACAAGAACUCAAAUUUGAUUUUUUAGAUCCAUUACUUACACACACAGACAGUUAAUUAAUAUAGUGUGCCGAUAACUACACAUGUAAGAUGACAAAAUACGAUGAUGACGGAUUUUUAAAGGGGAGUUUUGCCACGCUCUUCCAAGAUGAUUUGAAGACAAGUGAAGAGAAAAAAAGCAAAAUGUCCCACUUACUUAGACAGACACCAAUAGAUGUAUUAUCUAUGGAAUGGCUGAUAUUAGAAAAUCAUACUAUCGAAGCAAGAGCGUAUCUAAUUGAUAAUAUUUUGCCUCAAGUUGUUUUGGGUUUGAAAUCUAUAUUGAAAGAGGCAACUCAAAGGAACCUGAUUACACUUGACGUGCUGGAUGAAACAAGUUAUCGAGCAGGACUAGACAGAAAUUUCAAUCCUGUUAACCGACUAGCUGAAUACUUAAUGCGUAAUAACCACAAACAUAAUCAUUUCAAUGAAUCUUCACCUUACGUCAGAGGGUUAAGAUAUACUCUGGCGAAGUUGCAAAAUGAAAUGUUUAUGCAGUCAGGAAACCAGCUGGCUAAAGUAAAGUUAAGUGCUGAUGCCCGACGUACAGAAGAAAAACAAAAUGAAUUGAAAGUCGAAAAAGAAUGUGACGCACAAAUAGCGAUUAUUUCCACGAUCUGCAACAGCUUGAUACCACCUAAAAAGAAUUCAACCAAUGCAAAUAUGAUAGAAGAUGUAGUACUUGCAUUUAUGGAACUAACUAGUAAACUACCGGAGGAAAUGAAACAAUGGUUGGUGCAAACUUUUAAAACUCAACUAGCCAAAGACUAUCAAGCGUUUUAUGAUAAAGGACAAUUUGUUAAGUGUCUCAUGAUAUAUGCUAGAUUGAUGUCGACUGAUGUUUUCGAGCAGUUUACAGAACAUCUAAGACUUUGUACGGUAGAAUUUCGUAAAGCAGAGAAAAGAGAAGAACGACGGGAAUUAUUAAAAAGUUGCUUCCGUUCGUGUGAUUUAGAUCAGUUGAAUGAAUUAUCUCGUGCUCAAGUUUUCCAACUAUGUGAAGAUUACUUUGAUACAUGUCAACAAAUUAUCAAAGACAUGAUCCACGAUCCAAGAGAUUGGUCUACAAGAGAAUAUCAUUUGAAGUUAUCUGUAACAGAACCUGUUACAUCUAUGAACACAAAUGAAUGUCAAUUUUUUUCUAAAGUUGAUGAUGAUAACAACACAGAGGACAAACAACACUCUCUACUAAAUUACAAUGGAAAUAACUCAGACAAUGACAUUCAACAUGAUGAUAGCAUCUCAUUACAACUAGGUACUCGGCACCUGGACGAAAUUACCGUCUUUCCCAUUCAGUCUGAUAUUGAAGAUCAAUUGAUAAAGACUUGUCAACUGGCCGAUACAGUUGGUAUAACACAAAAUCAGUUUAUCAAUAUUAUGGAGUUUAUAAUACCAGAAACUGCUCCUUUGAAAAUUUUUAAUGAUUGCUUAACAUAUUUGAAAAGAUAUAAAGUUUCAGCUGAAGAACGUGAGGAAAGAAGACUCCAGCAUUUUCGGAAGAGUUCAAGAAUGGGAAAACAUCAACUACUGAACAAAAUAUUCCACAAAUUAGAUCAAGAAUGUUCUGGAUUGUUAAACCUUAGGAAAAUUGAAGAUUUUAUAUUAAAUUAUGAAGAUGGAUUUUAUGAGGGUCAUUUGAAACAAGCUAAGUCAGAUUUAGCUUCUAAUAUUCAAUCGACUGCAAGGUCUUUUUCAACGUCUAGUGACCAAGUAACUUCAAGUUCUGCAUUUAACAGCAGUUUUAUAUCAUCAUCCGAGACGUUUAGUGGUCAAUCAUAUCUUCAAAGGUCAGUUAAUCAACUACAAAAUCUACAUUAUUACUAUUAUCCAGAAAAGUCAGUUGAAAUAAAUAUCACUGACUUCAAAAUUUUAUUAGAUGACAUAUUUUGGCCUAAAAAUAAUCAAUAUCUUAGUGGUCAUGAUGAAUAUGACUUCAGUUGUUUGGAAAAGUUUCUUAAUUACUUAAAAGAAAAGUUAGUACAAACUAUACCUGAGAAAAUAAGGACACAAAUUCGACGAGAAUGGAUAGAGAAAAUUUUAGCAGUUUCACUGAAUACAUUUGAUAAUUCAAUGGAAUUAGUUUAUAAAACCAUUUUCCAGACACUCAUAAAAGAUACAAUAAAACAUGGUGAACAAAAGCAGAUCAGUAUUAAUAUUGCAUUACUUCAUCCAACAGAAACAACAAAUGACAUAUUAUCUUUAGAUGCAAAUACACAAUCCUGUUUAAAAUAUGCAGCAGCCAUACCAGAAUCGGAAGCUGAAAUUCUGCUUGAUCAAUGUCCACAGAGAGAUGAAUCCAAUUUAUUGUUCAAGUGUUUAAGAACUGGUUUAACAUUGGUUCAUUCUGAAAUGUCAAGACUGAAAAGAUUUUGGCGUACCGAAAAUGAAUCCCGUAACAUGUCAGUAUGUACUGAAACGAACACGGAACAAAAUUAUCAGUCACCUUCAUUUGCUCUUGCCAUACCCAUACCCAAUGCUAAGAAAUAUUUUAUUGGGGUAAUGAAAGUAAACAAGUUGAAAAAUAACAGCAAGCUACCAAAGUUUGAAGAACAUGAAAUUCAGUUUUAUCGCGGUGUAGUUUAUCAUCUGGGUUUUGCUUUCUCGCUCAUAAACAGUCGAUACUUACUUAGUUCCAUGAUACAUUAUGCAUUCGACUGGAUUUAUAAACGGCUAGGGAAUAUUGAUGAAAUUACAUUUUACCACCGAUGUAAUGAUGAUGAUAACGAUGAUGGUGGGGAUGUUAAUCGUUCAACGACGAUAGAUUCGAUAGAGGAGAAAACAUAUCGACCUAAGAAAGAAGUUAAUUAUAAAUUGUGCAAACUUGUAUCAAAAUAUGAUAUUCACCAAACAACAGUUCAUACUGACCUACAGGUUAUCGAUAAAAAGAAGAACUACCUAUAUUACUACCUGUUCGACGUACUGGAAUCUGGAUAUUCACUGGUGAAUUGCGUUCUUGGUCGAAAACAUUAUACAUUUCCAUUUACUGAUUCCAAUGAUAAAGUGAUCGGUAUUAUUGAUGUUCGUUGUUUAAACUUCCUUGAUAAACAUCAAUUGGAUUAUUUACAUAAAAGUCUAGUACUUUUUCAAGAAGCUUAUGAACAGUUAGUGCACUAUAUAGGAGUAGACACAGAUGGUCAGUAUGAUAAUGCAGACGAAUAUAAGACUAUAUCAAAAAACCAAGAAGAAACUGAAAUUAAUUCACAAAUUGAAGAAAGUAAAUCUGACUGGAUGGAUGGAAAUAAUAAAUUUAUGCCUAAAAUUAUUGUGAAAAAAUUGGCAAAAAUGGAGCUGGGUCUUUUAACUUCAAAGAUUGAUAAAGAUCUCUUCAGAAAUAUAAAAAGGUAUGAAAUACGACUUUGUAAUUCUGAAAUUUACCUACUCUGGGCCGUCAUCUUGUUAUUGAAUCGUUCUCAAGGAGAUGAAUCCUUAAAUCAGGAAAAUAUUUCCAAACUUUUAGAUUCAGUGAUGACUGGUAUCCAUGAAUCGAUUGUAGAUUAUGAUCCAUUUGUUGGUGAACAACAGAUAAUUAAUUCACAACAAUCGCGGCUAAAUGAAAUAUAUGAAAAAAUUUCAAGUGAACAAUUAAAACAGUACUCAUGUGAAUCAAUGAUUAAUUUGUACGAAUGGAUGACAUUGUGUAUGAUUAUCUGGAAAGAAAAUUUUCUUAUGCAUCAUGGAUAGAAAGAUCUUGGGAUUAAAGCGACAAUGAAAUUUCAUCGUUCAAUAAGAGAACAAUAAAGAUCUAACAAUCUAAUCAGUAUAUAACAAUAAAAUGAAUUAUCAGUUGGGAUGUAAAAUAUAUAAUUUUCAUGACAUAAAUGUGUUGACUUUUUAAUUUGCUAAAUAUAUUGUUGUGACUUUAAGCCCCGCUAGUCAUCAAGUGAUUUAUUCACUAAUUGAAAUACAACUUAUUCAAUCUUAGUAUUGUGCGAAACCAAUCAUGUUUGACAGGUAUGAGUAUCUUUGUGUCCUUAUUGGUCCUUUGUUCGCAUAAACUGCCCAUUUGAUUCCAGAACGCCAAUAACAGCUU